CUCCUCAGGACCUUGGCGCCCUCUCAGUCCCGGAGGAGAGCGAGGGAGAGAAGCAGUGUCUCCUGCAAAUGUUUUUAACUUCACUCUUUGCAGUUCGGCAUCUUAUUUUGUGGUUUAAUUCGGACUUUCCCGACUAGAAGAUAGUUAAGGGUUAAAGUCCUGUGAGCUUGAACGCCGGGCUUUGCUGGUCGUCUUCACGCAUCCUUCCGGGCCCUGACACCUUACAGUACGACCCGUAAGCCUGCCGUUUUAAAAGGACAAAAGUGGCUCUAAAUCCAGCACAUGCACAUUGAAGCAAGUUAAAGGAUUUAUUAUGAAGCACAGAAGCAGAUAGUGCCAAAUAGCAAGCAGUAGUUGGUACACAUUUCUGGAAAAGCAGUGUCCGUGUUGUUAUGUACACCUCCAAAAAAAGUUCAGAUCUGUAGGGGAAUUGUUGUGUAAAGUAAACUGAACUACAGGGUAGCAGUAUUUUAAUAGCUAUUGUAGACGUGUAUUUACUGUAUUAAAAUGAGUAAAAGAACAAGCAAUGACACACCACUAGGAAGGGUGAGUGGGGCAGCAUUUCCUUCUCCCACUGCUUCUGAGAUGGCGGAAAUUAGUCGAAUUCAGUAUGAAAUGGAAUAUACCGAAGGUAUUAGUCAGCGAAUGAGGGUCCCGGAAAAGUUAAAAGUAGCACCACCAAAUGCUGACCUGGAGCAAGGAUUCCAAGAAGGAGUUCCAAAUGCUAGUGUGAUAAUGCAGGUUCCAGAGAGGAUUGUUGUAGCAGGAAAUAAUGAAGACGUUUCAUUUUCAAGACCAGCAGAUCUUGACCUUAUUCAGUCAACUCCCUUUAAACCUCUGGCACUAAAAACACCACCUCGUGUACUUACACUAAGUGAAAGACCACUAGAUUUUCUGGAUUUAGAAAGACCUCCUACAACCCCUCAAAAUGAAGAAAUCCGUGCAGUUGGCAGGCUAAAAAGAGAGCGCUCUAUGAGUGAAAAUGCUGUUCGCCAAAAUGGACAGUUGGUCAGAAAUGAUUCUAUGUGGCACAGAUCAGAUUCUGCCCCAAGAAAUAAAAUUUCAAGGUUCCAGGCACCGAUUUCUGCACCGGAGUACACUGUGACACCAUCGCCACAACAGGCUCGGGUCUGUCCUCCCCAUAUGUUACCUGAAGAUGGAGCUAAUCUUUCCUCUGCUCGUGGCAUUUUGUCGCUUAUCCAGUCUUCUACUCGUAGGGCUUACCAGCAGAUCUUGGAUGUGCUGGAUGAAAAUCGCAGACCUGUGUUGCGUGGUGGGUCUGCUGCCGCCACUUCUAAUCCUCAUCAUGACAACGUCAGGUAUGGCAUUUCAGGUAUAGAUGCAACAAUUGAAGGAACGUCAGAUGACAUGACUGUAGUAGAUGCGGCUUCAUUAAGACGACAGAUAAUCAAACUAAAUAGACGUCUACAACUUCUAGAAGAGGAGAACAAAGAACGUGCUAAAAGAGAAAUGGUCAUGUAUUCAAUUACUGUAGCAUUCUGGCUGCUUAAUAGCUGGCUCUGGUUUCGCCGCUAAAGGUAACCUUAGCUCACAAAAAUAUUGUCUCAACAGCGGAAAUAUAAAAGAUUUGCAAACUUC